GCGGACUGUCAAAAUUAUUAUCUAAAUUUUAUCAACCUAUACUUUCAUUUCUUAUAAAAUUAUUGCCUAAAACUUUGAAUGAUUCUGCAAAAUGAGUUCCGAUUUGAAAAAAUUUUUACAAACGUUAUUAAAUCAAGUCGAAGGAUUACAUAGUAUUUUGAUCACAGAUAGAGAUGGAGUGCCAGCUGUUUUUGUUGCUAAUGAAAAUGCUCCAGAAUUAGCAAUGAGAGCAAGUUUUCUUUCCACUUUCGGUAUGGCAACUGAUCAGGGAAGUAAACUUGGUCUUGGAAAAAAUAAUGUAAUUAUUUGUAUGUACAGUAGUUAUCAGGUUGUUCAAAUAAACAAACUACCUUUGGUAAUGAGCUUCAUUGCUAGCCACGAUUGCAAUACAGGCCACAUUCUUGAUUUAGAAAAAAAGGUGGAUCCUGUGUUAAAUCAACUAAUAAACGCUGUUGCUGAUACAUGAUGGUUACCUGUUCAAUAUCGAAGAUAACUAAUUUAACAUCUGUAAAAAAAACUAUCUAUCGACACUAUUUUUGGAGUGUAUAAUUUAUAAUAUGAUUAAGUUAAGUCACAUCUGCAUUAGCGAACAAAUAAAAGAAAAUUUUUCUACUGUAUCAA